AUGUUACUAGCCCUCGAAUAUAUCAGUCUAGCAAUCUACUUGGUCGCUACUUUGCCCCUCGCAGCUUCUGACUCGUCCACCACAGAAUGCCGACAGGUCCAAGAUCUGACCCGCGUCCACAUCAGCGCCAGAGACGCUCGCAAUGAGCCACUGCCCCCACGUCUCCCAGACGUAUCCUUUCAUUUGGAGAUGACAUCCUCUGCCCUGUCGGGCGAGCAUUCCGCAGCGACCUUGCCCCUCGAGGCGAACGAGACGGGCGCCACCGCCGCGGACGGAAGCGCAACCCGCACCGUGGGGCCGGGAUCCGAGCCCGACGCCACCGGCGACACUUUUUACCUUGAGCGCGGGACCAACAGGUUGUAUCUCAUGUCGGACGACGGGAGGCAUAGGCUCUACGCGUUCUUUCAGGAGGUCGCUCCGAUGGACCGGCUUGGGUUCAACAGGGCGCACUUUAUCGACGAUGGAGUCGACGCGGGAUACUACAACUGCGAGGUCACUUCGCAGCAGCAGCUAGCGUGCCAAGGGGAAGAUGAUCCCUCGCAGUGGGUUGAUUGGCGCCUCAAAGACACCACGAUAAUGGCCGACAGGGAACACAAUUCUACGCUUCCCCUAGUUGAGUUGCUUGUGAAGGAUAUACAAAACGAUGCUCCCCAUUGA